AUGUCUACUGAGAACAAAAAAGCGCUGGUGUUAAUAGCAGACGGAAGCGAAGAAAUGGAAGCGGUCAUUUCAAGUAACGCAUCAUAUGAGCUUGAUGUGCUUCGACGCGCCUCAAUUGAAGUGACAGUUGCAGGUGUCGCACUCAAAGAACAAACAUUUGCCACGUGCAGUCGCGGUGUUAAAAUUAUUCCAGAUGUUCCUUUUGAGAAUCUUUGGCCUACCGUAUCGCCUGAUACUUUUGAUGUAAUUAUUGUACCUGGUGGUUUGGGCGGAGCGAAAACUAUUUCGUCAAACGAACACGUUCAAAAGUUAUUGGCGAAUGCUCAUCAAUCUGGGAAAAUUGUUGCGGCAAUUUGUGCUGGUCCAAUCUCCAUCAAGUCCUCGAACAUUAACAAAGGUGGUAGUAUCACUUGUCACCCUGUGGUACAGAAAGAGUUGGAAACUGAAUAUCAGUUUAGAGAGGAUCGUGCUAUAGUUGAUAAUAAUGUUAUUACAAGUCGUGGUCCUGGUACUGCGUUUCUCUUUGCUUUGACAAUUGUUGAGCAACUUUUGGGUAAAGAGAAACGAGAUGAAAUUUCUCCGCCGAUGUUUCUUGCUUCCACGUUGUAA